ACAUGUAUGCCAAAUAUCGAACUCCUGUGAUUCAAGAAACUGGAUACAAUUGCUCCGCUGAUAUCUGGUCUCUGGGUAUCACAGCGAUAGAAAUGGCAGAUGGCAAGCCACCCCUUGGUGAUAUUCACCCCAUGCGUGCCCUAUUUAUGAUUCCCAGCCAGCCGCCACCAGGACUGCGUAAACCGAAUACCUGGAGCGCUGAUUUCCGUCAUUUUAUCAGCGUUUGUCUGGCAAAGGCUCCAGAAGCACGUCCAUCGGCGCUUCAACUUCUCAACUCAGAAUUCAUCCAGAACGCAAAGCCACGCUCAAUACUUUUGUACGUUUACUAA